GAAUGUUCCACCCAAAAGACACGUAUCGCACUACGACAUAUUACUGAGCGGUUACAUGCGAAGCGGAAGUACCCUAUGCGGUAUGGUACUAGGCUGGCACGCCGACAGCUUCUACGUUUACGAACCGUUAUGGCGACAGGCCCGGUGGACAUAUUGGUACGGUAACUCUACCGUUUGUCGGAGUGACACAUCAGAAUGCAGACAAGUUGAAGCUGGAAAGGCACCGACUGACAAGGGAUUUACGGACAACGUAGGCAACUCACAAGGCUGUUCUCUGGUUCGGGCCAAGCUUAUUUUGUCGAAAAUCUACGACUGCCUCUUUAAUGACUUUGAAAAUGCCGUCUACUCAGAAUUGACCGUUGCAAAACUUGGUGGACCAAGUUGGUUUGGAGUAGGAUCUUGUCUAAAGAAGCGGCGCCCAGCCAAAUAUUGCAUUCACCAGUACGCCCCGAAAACUUGCAAAGCCAAGCUACACCGAGUAACGAAAGUCCUUAGACUAACGGUCGAUAAUUUUGAAUAUCUCCUCAAAGGGAGGGAUAAUGUCAAAGUUAUCCAUUUAUUCAGGGAUCCAAGGGCAAUAAUUAAUUCAAGAAUAGAAACAAAAUGGUAUAAGACCUCAAAAAGUAUCAUAGAAAAUGCGAAGUCCCUGUGUCAUAAGAUGCUUAAAGAUUACCACGAGGGCUUGCAGUUGUUAAUGAAUUAUAAGGAGAAAUUUAGAUUUCUAUACUAUGAAGAUUUAAACGAUAAUCCGUUUAAGAAAGUUGAAAUUUUGUAUAAAUACGUGGGCAUGUCAUUAGACCCUGCCAAGUAUAAAAGCAUACAAAAGUUACCCGUAUUUUCCGAGCAAAAAGCAUCUUCUACUAGAGAAAGUAACACUGCAUUUUGGUGGAGAAAGUCACUAGACUGGGAGAUUGUGAAAGGGGUGGACACAGUUUGUUCUGAGGUUUAUGAAGUUUUAGGAUACAAAGUAUUUGACUCCGAGGAAAACAUGAGAGACUUGACUAUAUCUAGUGUUGAUAUUCCAUCAUUAUUUAGAUUAGAUGCAGAUGGAUUUUAA